UAGUAUGCAAGCAGCAGAUGAGAAGACAAAGCUCCUUCUGCAACAGCAGUUGCUCGGGGCAUCAUACGCUUCCAGUGCUGCAGAGAAGCUGAUUGGCCAGUGUCACUGUCACUCAUCCACCGGCGAUGCCAUUGGCCGCACUGAGGAGAAGCGCCGGGCCCGCCUCCAGCUGUACAGAGCCUCCACUGUCUGUCUGAUCUUCAUUGUUGGGCAGGUGGUGGGCGGCUGUCUGGCUCACAGCCUGGCCCUCCUGGCGGACGCCGCCCACCUGCUCGUCGACUUCGCCAGCAUGCUGCUGAGUCUCUUCUCCCUCUGGGUGGCCUCCCGACCUGCCACCAAGGUCAUGAGCUUUGGCUGGCACCGGGCAGAGGUGCUGGGCGCUCUGCUCUCCGUGCUCUCCAUCUGGGUGGUGACAGCCGUCCUGGUCUCCAUGGCGGUAUGGCGGCUGAUGUCACAGGACUUCCACAUCGACGGCGGCAUCAUGCUCAUCACGUCAGGCUGCGCCCCGGAGUACAGGAUCAUCGAUCCCAUCUGCACGUUCCUUUUCUCUGUGCUCGUCCUGGGGACGACCCUCACUGUGCUGCGGGACGUGCUGACGGUGUUAAUGGAGGGCCGCCUGUUGAGAAUGCGCUCCCUGACCACGCCCCUCGUCCUGCAGGCACGCCGCCCCGCUGAGAACGCUGCCAGCCCCCAGGCCGCCUGCACGCCGCCCGGCCUCCACUUCACGCAGGUGAAGCAGUCUCUGCUGUCCGUCUGCGGCGUCAGGCAGCUGCACAGCCUGCACAUCUGGGCCCUGACAGUCAACCAGCCCGUGCUGUCCGUCCACAUCACCGUGGAGGACGGUGUUGAGGCGCAGACCUUGCUGAAGGAGGCCAGCCAGAUGCUGCAGUCCCAGUACGGUUUCCAUACCAUCACCAUUCAGAUUGAGGACUACUCUGAAGACAUGGCGGAUUGCCACAAGUGCCGGGACCCUGCAGAGUGA